AUGAGCGCGUAUGCUUUGGGAAGCUCCCCGUCUGCUCCGAUAAUUCGUGUUAAGCCUGCUGAUUUAUCCAACUCAUUCACUGUUGGCUUCACUUCUCCAAUUGAAAAUACAACAGCAAACUAUAAACUUCGCAGUUUUCCCUACAGAACAUUUAGACAAUCUAGAUUGGAUGAUAUCUCUUAUUCUGACAAUUAUUUUCAAUUUUCUGGAAAAUACAGACCCUUACCUUUAUAUGAACGUUAUGAACGAUUGUAGGAGAAUUUUAAUUUUUUUUCAAUAAAUAAAAUAUUUUAGAGAUUACAAAAAAGUUCCAUAUACGUAUUGGUCUAAGGCUUAUUGUGAUUGCUUGUAAGUUUUGUAUUUUAUAUUCUGAUUUUACUAUAGGUUCUGUAUUUUUUAUUCCGAUUUCUGAUUUAUUUGUGAUUGCUGACACUCUGAUUUCUGACAUUCCGAUUUUUGAUUUAUUCUGAUUUCU